AAAUUUCUCCUCAUCCUUUUUCCUUUCACUUUGCUUCCAUGGCGGUGGCAGAGCUUGGCCCUGCUUACGCAAGGACGGAGUUGAGAAAUACGCACUUCUCGUAUGUUUCAUCAUCAACUCAUGUCUCCUACCAUCGCCGCCUCACUUUCCGCCAUCUUCCUCGAACUCAAACUACCGCAAUCCGUUGCUCUGUUACAUCUGACCAAAUUCAAGCACCGGCUGGUAUUGAUAUCAGAGAUCCAAAACAAAAGCCUGAUUGUUUCGGUGUAUUCUGCCUAACUUAUGAUCUGAAGGCUGAUGAAGAAACAAAAUCAUGGAAGAAAAUGAUUAAUAUUGCUGUUUCAGGUGCUGCAGGAAUGAUAUCCAACCAUCUACUGUUCAAGCUUGCAUCUGGCGAGGUUUUUGGCCCGGAUCAACCUCUUGCCCUUAAACUUUUGGGAUCUGAACGAUCAUUUGAAGCUCUUGAAGGAGUGGCCAUGGAACUCGAGGACUCUUUAUUUCCAUUAUUGAGGGAGGUGAGCAUCGGCAUAGAUCCAUAUGAGGUAUUCGAAGAUGUAGAAUGGGCACUUUUGAUUGGAGCAAAGCCUAGAGGACCUGGUAUGGAAAGAGCCGGCUUGUUAGACAUUAAUGGCCAAAUUUUCGCUGAGCAGGGAAAAGCUCUCAAUGCCGUUGCUUCACGAAAUGUCAAAGUCAUGGUGGUGGGGAACCCCUGCAAUACCAAUGCUUUGAUCUGCAUGAAGAACGCUCCAAACAUACCUGCAAAGAAUUUUCAUGCUUUAACUAGACUAGACGAGAAUAGAGCGAAAUGCCAGUUGGCUCUCAAAGCAGGAGUUUUCUACGAUAAAGUUUCCAACGUCACCAUUUGGGGGAACCACUCGACAACUCAGGUUCCUGACUUUUUAAAUGCUAAAAUACACGGAAUUCCUGUCCCAGAGGUAAUAAGGGAUAGGAAGUGGUUGGAAGAGGAAUUUACCGAAAAGGUUCAAAAGAGAGGUGGAGUUUUAAUUAAAAAAUGGGGAAGAUCAUCGGCUGCAUCAACUGCAGUUUCUAUUGUGGAUGCAAUGAGGUCUCUUGUAACACCCACACCUGAGGGUGAUUGGUUUUCUACUGGAGUUUAUACAAAUGGUAAUCCUUAUGGAAUAGCAGAAGACAUAGUUUUCAGCAUGCCUUGCAGGUCCAAGGGGGAUGGUGAUUACGAGCUUGUCAAAGAUGUGAUAUUUGACGACUACCUUCGCAGCAAAAUUAAAAAGUCCGAGGAUGAGCUGCUUGCAGAGAAGAAAUGUGUCGCGCACCUAACAGGAGAGGGAAUUGCGGUGUGUGACCUUCCGGAGGAUACCAUGCUUCCUGGAGAAAUGUAGAACGAAGGUAUAUAAAGUUAUUGAUAAAAAGUUGAUAUGGCAUGCCACCCCAAUACCCAGAUCUUCAGGAAACAUAAUUAGAUCAUCAUGUUUCUACUGCCAUAUCAUAUUUAUAUUAUUGUACAAUUUAUAUAAUAGGCAAUUUAAUUAUGCCAUUUUAAGGUAUUCAUUAUUCUGUCGAACGGUUUUUCUUCUUGUCAUCUUGGUGCCGGAACUCAAGAGACACAUGUAUACGGUGUACUUGCUCUUGUGUUUUCAUAGACUUCCAACUGGUCGGUCGAUCGAUCAUGCAAAAUUGUCGUCAUACAGUUCUGGAAUCACAAAGUUUGUAAGGAUUAUAACCAACCUUCAUCCGUUGUAAC